AUGGAUAAGCUUCUUGCCCUACCAUUUCUCAUUACUUAUUUCUUCACUUGUGUUCCCCUAGGGAACGCUGCAGCUACAAUAACAUCAUGUACCCAAACACCCUACCCCGAUGUCUGCAACCAUUUCAUGGGAAAUGGUGUUAAUGUUGCAACAUCAAGCCUUGCCCUUGAUCAAACCCGCUUCUCCUUCCGUGACCUUGCGAUUCAGGUCACCCUAAACCAAGCGGUUCAAGCUCAUCGCCUCGUCUCUACCAUGGACUUGACUUCUUUCAAUGAGCGAGCCAAAUUGGCUUGGAACGAUUGCUUGGAGCUCUACCAGAACACCAUUUCCCAUCUUAACCGAUCAAAGAGCACCAACAGUCCAUUAGAUGCUCAAACCUGGUUAAGUGCUGCCAUUGCCAACCAUCAAACUUGUCAAAACGGCUUCAUUGACUUCAACUUGGCCUCUCAUUUACAAACUUUACCACCCAUGCUAGCCAACUUUUCCAAGUUGAUUAGCAAUUCCCUGGCCAUCAAUAAGCCCACUAUUAGUGUUACCGCUAAACAAGUUGGCAAUAGACGCCUGUUUGCUCAUGGAUUCCCCACUUGGCUUUCCGGUGCCGACCGAAAGCUCUUGCAAAAAAUCGGUGCACCGUUAAAUGCUGACAUUGUGGUGGCUCAAGAUGGUUCUGGCAACUUCAAGACUAUAUCAGAGGCGGUGGCGGCGGCUGGCGGUGCCAAAAGAACUGUCAUACAUGUAAAAGCUGGAGUUUACAAUGAGAAUGUUGAUAUUCAAAGAUCAGCUAGAAAUAUCAUGUUAAUUGGAGAUGGAAUUGGUGCCACGGUUGUUACUGGUAAUAAGAAUGCUCAAACUACGACAACUUUUCGCACAGCAACAUUUGCCGUCGUUGGUGAUGGCUUCAUAGCUCGUGACAUCACUUUUGAGAACACCGCCGGACCCCAAAAGCACCAAGCGGUGGCCCUCCGCUCCGGCUCUGAUUUCUCAGUCUUCUACCGUUGCAGCUUCGAAGGUUACCAAGAUACCUUAUACGUCUAUUCCCAACGCCAAUUCUAUCGCGACUGUGACAUUUAUGGAACCGUAGACUUCAUAUUCGGUGAUACCGUCGCCGUUUUCCAAAACUGUAACAUUUACAUCCGACGACCGAUGAACAGCCAAAUAAACACCAUCACAGCACAAGCGAGAACCGACCCAAAUGAGAAUACGGGGAUAAUAGUCCACAACUCACGUGUGACGGCGGCGUCUGACCUGAGGGCCGUUCAAGGUUCAUUCAAGAACUAUUUGGGGCGGCCAUGGCAAAAAUACUCGAGAACUGUGUUUAUGAAGACUGGUUUGGAUGGACUGAUCGAGGCAGAAGGUUGGUUACCAUGGAGUGGGAAUUUUGGUUUGAGUAGUCUUUACUAUGCUGAGCAUAUGAACACCGGCGUCGGUGCAAGCACAGGGGGGAGAGUAAAGUGGGGUGGAUACCAUGUUAUAGAUGCUGUUGAAGCCGAAAAAUUCACUGUUGGUAAUUUUCUCGCUGGAAAUGCAUGGAUUCCGGGGACUGGAGUGCCAUUUGACGUCGGACUGUGAAUUUGUUGAUUUCAACAUUAGGAAAAAUUUAAAUACCAAAGUAACCCUGUAUUUAAGAUUGUCAUAUAGCUUUUUGUGAUAAAGACUAUGUAUAUAUAGUUGAAUUUGUCAAAGAGGAGAAGGGGUUGUGUAAUAAAUCAUGCUGAAAUUGUUGUAUUUAUAAAAGAACAAGUACGUUGGCUCAAA